GGGAGUGGCUCGGGCGCUAGCGGCACUUGGGCCCUUCUACACAGAUGCUCAAGGCCUGCCGGGCGGCGGUCUGCCCCCCGGCGGCGAGCCCGGCCCCCACUCCGGCGCGCUGGGCUACAUGGAGGAGGCGGGCUGCCUGCUGGCCUCCGCCGCCUGCCUGGCGCAGCAGGGGCAGCUGGGCAACGCAAACCAGCUGCUCUCCCGCGCCCUGAAGACCUCCCACCGGCGGCUGGGUCACACGCAGCUGGUGUGUGCGGUGCUGGGCGAGCUGGCACCCACCUUCCUGGCGCAGCGGGACGCGCACCCGGCGCUGGAGGCGCUCACCUCCGCAGCGACUUUCAGCAGGACGGCAGGUGACCUGUGGGCGGAGGCGGCGGCCAAGCGCAAGCUGGCAACCAUCUUCACGCAGCAGGCAGACGGCAAGAAGGCGGCGGAAGCGGCGGCGUCGGCGGGGCGGCGGGAGCAACGCAUCGCGGCGGCGACGGCGGCGGCGCUUGCGGAUAGCGGGCGGCAUGGGUACGCGGCGGGAUGGGGCCUGCGGACUGUCGGCUAGGUGUCAGCUUGACACGCAUCUACACAACGUGUUUAGGGGCUGGAGAGGUGUUGGGAAAUGGCUGGGGGUUGUCGCGCCCAUGGGAGGAUGUGGAGGAGUGGCUACUCUCCAUUUGAGGGCUGCGGGACUUGUCGAGUUGUGGCAGCGGGUGCUUGCAGGGCGACGUGAGGGGGGAGAUUGAGCAGGAGGUCGGCGCAUGCGCAUGAAUACCGAUAGAGAAGAGAUGUCACCAUAUGUAUAGACCUGUCGUAUUUUGUGUGCCCAUGUGCGUACAGCAUACUCGACGUAGUAAACUAUUACCGCCGACCGGUAAUUGUGUGGCGUGUGUGUUUUGGUUGUUGGACAUUAGCGAUUGACGUGUUGACGUGUUCGGUUUGUCGAGAAGAGUUGCAAUUGCUGACACAUCUGAAGAGCGACUUGAAGGGGGCAGUGUGGGUUUGACGAGUGAGGAUGAGCUGUGUUGGGGGCGACCUCAGAAGGUGUGUGCGUUGCGUCGACAGGUGCUUCAAGUAGCGUAGUAUAUAGCGU